AUGGUAAUCUAAUUGGGAAUAUUGGAUAAGAAAUGUAGACAACCUUGCUAGGAAUAAUGGGAGUUAAAGUUUGAGUCUUCUUUGGGGUAUGAUAAACAGUUUCUAGUUGAUAUCUCACUUGCCAUUAAUGUCUAUAAAUAUCCCUUCGAACACAUAAAUGCUAUUUGGAUUCAUCAAUGA